AUUUAUCACCUAUGUCUUUAGGCAAGUAUGUUACGGGCAGUCCUGUUAUAAUGGGCUACGAGUACGUGCCAGAAGUGGACGCGUGGCUGCGUCUGCACAUUGAGCCCGCAAUCUGGCCCGACGCCCGUCUGCGCUGCCAUCUCGAAGGUGGCGCCCUGGCAUCCCCGACAACCAGCGCUAUGUCCAAUGCGAUGAUAGAAAUGUUGGCCUCCAAUAAGCUAACCAUGCGCCACGCGUAUAUAGGUGUACAUGCCUUCAUCUCCAAGGGAGAUUUCAUGAGCAUGGAUGGGAUUCCCAUGGCCAACCUUUCCGUCCGAUGGCGCGAAGGGGAGCCCGACAAUGCGAAAAACGAGGAAGACUGCGUGGUGCUGAACGGUGUAGGCGAGGCCAUCGACGUCAGCUGCAACACCCCUCGCCCCUACUUCUGCCGCAAGGAGAACGCUAAGAUGAUCAUCGACAAGUGUGGAACUACAGCCGAAGGUUACAAACUUGAGUCGCGCACUGGCAGCUGCUACAAGUUCCAUCGGGUUUCGAGAACCUGGCACCGAGCCGCCAUGGCGUGCCAAGCAGAGGGGGGGCACCUGGUAGUAAUUAACAGCAACGAGGAAGCACAAGUGCUGAAAGAUAUCUUUGGGAGGAACAAGAAUGAGGCUAGUGUGGGCGUUUGGGAUUGGAAUGAACAUGGGGAGUGGAAUCGCUCGGUAUACCGCAAGUGGAUAGGUGACGCUUUUCUAAUUAUUACAGGUGAGACAUUAUCCGACGCCGGAUACGAAGGCUGGGCUAAGAACGAACCCAACAACGCUGGCGGCAAGGAGUUCUGUGGCGUGAUCAAUCGCGAUGCCCGCCUAAACGAUUUUUCGUGUGACAAACUUAUCCCGUUUAUAUGCGAGAUCACACCGUCAUAA